AUGAAGGCAGUCCCCGACCUCCUUCUUCUCUCCGUGGUUCACGUCAUCGACUUUCUGAAGCCAGUGAAGGCCAAGCAGACUGCAGUGAGGGCUCUUUUCGUGUUUGGGGACUCGUUCCUGGACAACGGAAACAACAACUACAUUGAGGAUUGUGAUCUGAAGUCGAACUACCCACCCUACGGGGUGGACUUCCCUCUGGGGCCAACCGGGAGGUUCUCAAAUGGGAGGAACGCGGCGGAUAUACUGGCGGAGCACUUGGGCAUCCCCGACUACCUUCCCGUGUUCAACAACCCUCAGAAUAAGGGUGAUCGCAUCCUUCAUGGCGUUAACUAUGCAUCUGCUGGUGCUGGCAUUCUUGAAAGUUGA